AAAUUUGCAACGAUCGAACGUCCAAUGUCAAGCCAACUUUACGCAAGUAAACCGAAAUUAGAAAACAUGGCAGCUUGAAAGAGGGUGGUAAAGCAAAACCAAUGAGUGCGAAUUCAUCUCACUGUCUAAAACCAGCUUAUUUGAACGGAGAAGUGAUACAUAGUCUCAAAAAUGAGUGUGUAUGAGGAGAGAGAGGAGGAAGAUGCUAUUCAUCACCGGAGUCAGAAAUCAUCUCCAAACUCUAUUGUGUCUUUGAAGAGUAAUAAAUCCAUGAAUUUCCCCCCUGACAUGACCCUUGACCCCAGAUGUGAGGUACACAAAACUGCAUCUCCAGAGCCCAGCUGUGUGUCCAUGAAGAGUAACAGGUUCACGGUUACCUCUGAAAUCAGAGUCGAGGAGACUGGAGAGCUGCAACAGGAUUCUCACCAACCAGUGGAUGACAUUCUGCAAAGAGUCAAAAUGAGUCACAAAACCGCCAUGAGGAAGAAGUAUGAGAGCUUUUUUGAGGGAAUCAAAACACAGGGUAAUCGAACCCUCCUUAACAUGAUUUAUACACAACUUUACAUCAUAGACGGACAGCGUGAAGGUGUGAAUGAAGAACAUGAGGUUUUACACAUGGAGAAAACACCCAGAACACAACACUCACAAGACACUCCAAUCUACUGCAAUGACAUCUUUGACCCUUUACCUAAACAAACAAAAAUAAAGACUGUUCUCACUACAGGUAUCGCUGGAAUUGGAAAAACAGUCUCUGUGCAGAAGUUCAUUCUGGACUGGGCUGAGGGAAAAGCCAACCAGGAUGUAGAUUUCAUGUUUGUGCUUCCAUUUCGAGAGAUUAACUUGCUUAAACAGAAGAGAUAUAAUCUUCACAAAUUUCUUCUGAACUUUUACCCUGAACUUCAACAUCUGGACUCAAAGCUUUUUGGUGAGAGUAAAGUGGUGUUCAUCUUUGAUGGUUUAGAUGAAAGUAGAAUUUCUCUGUUUGUAGACACUGAGAUAGUUUCGGAUGUGACAGAGACUUCAACAGUUGGUGAAUUGAUGUCAAACCUCAUAAAAGGAGAGCUGUUUCCUUCUGCUCUCAUCUGGAUCACCUCAAGACCAGCAGCAGCUAGUCAGAUUCCCCCUACAUACAUAGACCGUGUGACUGAAAUUCAUGGAUUCAGUGACCCUCAGAAGGAAGAAUAUUUCAGGAAGAGAAUCAGUGAUGAGCAUCAAUCCAGCAGAAUCAUCUCACACAUUAAAAGAUCAAGAAGCCUCCAUAUCAUGUGUCACAUACCAGUCUUCUGCUGGAUCUCAGCCUCUGUGCUUGAGAACAUCCUAAAACAAGAUGAUAGUGCCGAAAUUCCUCAGACUCUGACGGAAAUGUACAUACAAUUCCUGAUCAUUCAGACAAGUGUGAAGAACCAAAAGUAUGAUGGGCUAGAUCCAAAGGAAGUCCUGCAGUCCAAUAGAGAAGUCAUCUUGAAACUUGCAGAACUGGCUUACAAGCAGUUGAUGAAGCGCAAUAUCAUGUUCUACGAGGAGGACCUGAGAGAGUGCGGCAUAAACGUCACUGAUGCUUUAGUGAAUUCAGGUGUUUUCACUGAGAUCUUUAAGGAGGAAACUGUGAUUAAUGCGAGAAAAGUCUACUGCUUCAUACAUCUGAGUUUUCAAGAGUUUCUUGCUGCAUUUUAUGUUUUUCACUACUAUGUGACUACUACUAUGGAGGUGCUGAAGUGUUUUACUGCACUGCAUCAUUUGUUUAAAGGGGCAGUAGACAAAGCUUUAGAGAGUCAGAAUGGACAGUUUGAUCUUUUCCUUCGAUUUCUUUUGGGCAUUUCAUUGGAGUCAAAUCAAAGAUUUUUAUAUGGUCUAUUGGCUCACACUGAGAGCAGCUCAGAGAGCAUGAAGGAAAUCACAAGGUACAUUAAGGAGAAAAUAAAAAAUGACCCCCAUCUAUCAGCUGAUAGAUCCAUCUGCCUAUUCCUCUGUCUGCUGGAAGUCAAAGAUCAGACGUUUUAUAGAGAGAUUCAGGAGUUUCUGACCUCAGAGAAACACUUAGAGAAGAAACUCUCUCCUGGACACUGCUCAGCAAUAGCCUACAUGCUGCAGAUGUCAGAAGAUGUGAUGGAUGAGCUGGACCUUAGGAAAUACAACACAUCAGAGGAGGGUAGAAGGAGAUUGAUACCUGCUGUGAGGAACUGCAGAAAAGCUCUGUUUUCCAGCUGUAAUCUCAUUGAUCAGUGCUGUGAAAGUGUGGCUUCAGCUCUACAAUCAGCUGACUGCCCCCUGAGAGAGCUAGACCUGAGUAACAAUGACUUGCAGGAUUCAGGUGUAAAGCUACUCUGUGAUGGACUGAAGAAUCCUCACUGUCAACUAGAGAUACUCAGAUUGUCUGGCUGUAUGGUGACAAAGAAAGGCUGCUCUUACCUGACUUCAGCUCUGAGUUCAAACCCCUCACACCUGAGAGAGCUGGAUCUGAGCUACAAUCACCCAGGAGAUUUAGGAGUGAAGCUGCUUUCUGAUCUACUGCAGAAUCCAAACUUCAAGUUGGAGAAACUCAAUUUGGAACAUGGAGAACAGAAGAGAAUCACACAAGGGCUACGGAAAUAUACAUGUGAUCUUACACUGGAUCCAAACACAGCACACACUCAUCUCAUUCUGUCUGAGGGCAACACAAAGGUGACAUAUGUGAAAGAGAAGCAAUUGUAUCCUGAUCAUCCAGAGAGAUUUGAGAACUUUGAGCAGGUUCUGAGUAGAGAGAGUCUGUCUGGACGCUGUUACUGGGAGGCUGAAUGGAGUGGACAGGCUGUUAUAUCAGUGUCAUAUAAAGGAAUCAGCAGGAAAGGAGGAAGAGAAUGUCGGUUUGGACUCAAUGAAAAGUCAUGGAUUCUGUUCAGCGCGGAUAACAGAUUCACUGCCUGUCAUAAUAAUAAGAGAACAGAUGUACCUGCCCCUUCACCUCCUUCUACUAGAAUCGGCAUGUUUGUGGACUGGCUGGGCGGCAGUCUGUCCUUCUACAGCGUCUCCGGCACCCUCACACACUUGCACACAUUUCACUGCACGUUCAAAGAGCACCUCCAUGCAGGAUUUUUGCUUGACUUGGGUUCAUCAGCAUCUUUGUCCUCUUUUAGGACAUUAUACACCCAACUGGGUAAAAAAGAAAAUUAAAAAUAUUUUGUUUCAUAUAAAUUCAACUUAAACUACCUCAGAAACUUGAAAAUGCAAAUGCUGUCUUUAUUUAUGCACACUCAUGUUAUUCCAAACCUCUAUGAUUUUAUUAAGAUUAAUGUUAUGUUAAUUCAAAGUUAAAUAGCAUACAGUUGAGGCUAUAGCUAGAAGAUGUAGCUAAUGUUAUUCUGUUGUAUAGCAAUGUUUUUCUAUUUAUAACUGUUGUAAUUUAUAAUAAAGUUUUUUUUAACAUCGUAAAUAA